CCCAUUCAUACAGCCACAAUGUCGACGCCCAGCCCCGCAGGCCCCUCUACACCUCAAGAACAGCCCAACAAAUGGCUUCCUGCAAACCCCUUUGAUAUGCCUGAAACCAGGCAGUUUAUCGCUCAGAAAAUCGCACUCGGUGAUAUCUCUCAAGACGAUGUGGAUAUCAUGGAACGAGGUUACAACUGGAUGAUCUACACCCCUCCAGUCACAGCAGUCUCCUUCACUUUCCUCAUCUGGCAGCUCAUGAAGAAACAAUAUCCCCAGCCCAGGAUGAUCACAAGACUCUUUUGGGGUGGUCUUUCGGCGGGGGCUGGAGGGUUCUUGGGAUUCGGAGCUGCUGGUGUGGCGGCGGCUAUGGAAGUGGAGGACAAGAUGGAAGAUGUGGAGAGAAAAUCGCUGGUAUUUGAAGAGAUCACAGAUCACUCGAGGGCUAUUCACGAAGCCCGCAUUGCCGCCCUCCUCCCCCCCGCCCCUCCUGAGCCUGUGCUUACCCCUGCCGCUCGUCAAGCGACUACCCGAGGCAGCUCGAGAUUACCGAAAGACUUCGAAUUUCCGCCCGAGCGUGUUCAGGAUUUGAAGGUGGGGAAGGAGAGGGUUAAGGAGGAAACGCAGAGUACGUGGGGGUAUUUGAAGAGCUGGGUCAGCUGGAAGUGAGAAAUGAGGUAAAGGCAGUCGACGAGGUCAUGUAUACCCUUCUCUAUAAUGCUCGACCUGGACCUCAUACUCCCCAGCAUUAGCAUACGGGAUACCCAGUGGCGGAAUUCAAGCAGCGCUCACAGCAAAGCCCUUCGUCGAC